AUGGCAACGUCAGGACUUGUUGAGUUUCUCAGUUACCCGGGGCCGUUGCUGCUGGUUGUCUUGUUUCUGGUGUGCCACCCGCUGGCCACGCUCCUCCGCUUUCUUUGGGCAGCACUGGCGGCCUUCUUAUUGAGAGACUGCGACUUUGCCACCAAACUGCUCCCAGAGCGACGGGGUUACUGGAAGAACAAAGUCGCCUGGGUCACAGGCGCCUCAAGUGGAAUUGGCCUCAGUCUGUGUCGCAUGCUCGCGAGCAGGCGGUGCUUCGUGAUUCUGUCGAGCCGGAACGAAGGUGACUUGGUGAGAGCUCGAGAUGAUGCAAUUGCGUACUGUCAAAGCUUGAACAUCAGCCGUUCGGAAGACGACUUUUUGAUCCUUCCGUUCGACAUGAAGAAACCAGACUUAUUUCCUCGUGUUGUGGACUACGCGAGAAGGUGGAAAGGCAAGCUCGACGUUCUCUUCAGCAACGCAGGUGUGGCGUGCCGCGGGGUUAUGCUCCCGUCGACGGUCGACAACGAGGUUAUGCAGGUGAACUUGCUCUCUCAGAUGGCCUUCGUAAAGCUCGUGACGGCCCGCAUGAUUCAGCAGCAAAGCGGCCAAAUCGUGUUUACGAACUCUAUGAGCUCGCGCAUCACACUCGGCGGCAGAACCGCGUACAGUGCGGCAAAAGGCGCCCUGCUGAACUUCGCCUAUGGACUUUCGCGCGAGUUACGAGGAAUGGGGAGCCCCGUGCACGUCACGAGUGUGCUGCCUGGAUACGUGAAGACAUCGCUCUGUGAUAGAGAGCUCUACGCGGACGGCUCGCUUCCGAAAGGCGCUCACAUGGCUGAAGACAUUCGAACAGGCCUCUCUUCGGAUCGUACAGCCGAGUUGAUGCUGCGCGGGAGCUCGCGGCACCUCUCGGAGAUCUGGGUCGGUAAGAACCCGGAUCUGUUUUACAUGUACGCGAUGUACUACUUUCCGGAUAUUGCUAACCGUUUCGUGGACUUUGGUGCGACUUCCUACGCGCGAAGCAUCGAACAAGAAAUCCGCGAGCGCCGCUACGCCAUUCGCAAAGCCGGCGGUGCCUCGGCUCUUGACAAGAAGCCCCAGGAGAGGGAAAUGACAGUCCUGAAAAAGCGCAAGUCUUCUGGUGAGAAGGUGUCUUCGCCCUCCAGUGCGUCUGGGUAUGCUUCGGCGUUUGGGCUUCCUUCGUUUCUCUCUGGAGAAAAAAAGGAAAGCACGAAGGGACGCGAACUUGCCGGCGCGGAAAAGGCUGAGAAGCGCGAGGCACCUCUCGGCGACCCCCAUGGGAAAAGCCAGGAUCUGGCAGCUUUCGCAAAUCCUGGAAAAGGCUCGAUCGAGCCCGGCGCAGGUGAAAACGCCACAGUCAUGCCGGGAGGCCCGGGCGCAGUCGAGACAGUUGCAAACGCCAUCUCCGACGCUGUGGCGCAGCUUGGAAAACUCGCAUCGUUCGGCUCAGACACAACCCGCGGCGAGGACGAAGAAAACACCAACGGCGGCGAAGUCCGCCGAACGAGUUCUCUCGGAGAGGGCGCGAAUGUCCCUGUCGUCGGCGGCAUCACCGAGACCGCGAAACUCGGGGACGCACACGAGGCCGCAACACGAGCGCCUGAACACCGCGCGGAGCGAGAAAAACCACGGGCCGGUGUCGCGGCAACUGGGAAAGAAACAGAAGCUUAA